AUGUCUUCAUCCUCUCCGCAGAAAGUCUCGCUCUACUCCACCAAUGAUCUCAAAAAUGCAACCGACGAUGCUCUGGCCCCCUACCUCACCACCCUCCCCAAACCUUACGCCUUUAGACAAGAACACUUCACGACAAAUGUCAAGCUUGCCCUGGGGUACGCGGCCGUCGUGAUAGCUGGGGUGCUGUUCUACGCAGAUUGGAAACUCGGGUGGGACGCGACGAAGGCGUAUACUGGCCCUGCAUGUGUCGCAUAUUUUGUGCUCAAUGGUGCAUUGACGUACUGGAUCUGGGCGGUGGAGGCAGGGACAGUGUUUGUGGGUGUCAGAGAGGGAGGGCAGAAGAUCACGCUUCGUUCCUCUGCGAAGAAACACUCUCCGGAGUACAAACUAAAAGUCACCUACUCUGCCCCGUCGACCGGCAAGAAAUGGGAAGACAAGGAGAUCACCGGAAACUACACGCAGUGGUUUAAUAUCCAUGGCCACCUGCAACACAAGGAACUCCAGGCGUGGCUCAACGCCAAUAUCGACGUGUUGCGGAAUGCACAGGAGGAGACCACAAAGAAGGACAGGGCCGACAGAAUCCCCGUCAUGAUGCCCGCGGUGCAAGCCGACCAAAUACUGGGGUCGACGCUUUCGUCCGGGGCAGAAACGAGUCCAAUGCCGACGAGUACGAAGAAGGGACGGUCGAAGAAAAAGGCUUGA